GAACAAAACAUUCUAUAUGCAAAUUAGGACGGAAUGGAGACUAUGACAUAAGCAUUCUAGAACAGUUCUAUUAUAUAUGUGACAAUGUUACAGACAGAGUUCAUAUCAGUUUAUCAACCCGAACAGUCAAGAAGUUUAGUUUGACCCAGAGUUAGAAAACUGAUCAAAAUUGCAUUCAAGAUGUUUGUACUACGUGCUCUUGGACUUAAGGUAUGUAAGACAGAUGAUCAACACAUUUUUCAGUAGAUUCUUUAUUAUUUAUGUGACCUUGUGAACUGAGAAACUGUCCUCAGUUAAAUGACUUGGAGAUAUUUUCUGUAAGCUCACAGCAGCUAUAAAGGCAUAUUGUUUUUUUCCCACGUUUCUGUCAAUAUUCAACUUAUUUUUUCUUUAUUUCGACAUUCAUACUGAGACGUUUUAGUUGUAUGUAACCACAAAAAAUAUGAUUGCCAUAGUUUACUUAUUAUUGUUUAUCAUUUCGAUCUACAGAAGAAGAAAACUGAACCCAGAGAGGCUGUCAGAAGUAAAGACAGGUAAGAACUUUUAUCCUGAAUAUAUUUGUGUGUUUUUCAUGUUUUACUUUACUUGUUUAGUUUAGUGAAUGAUUUUUGAUAAUUAAUGACAAAAAAAACACUGUUCCGCUACAUUAACAAUUAUUUAAAUUCGUGUCUAACUUAAACAUUACAUUUAAUAUGAAAUAACUAACCAUGUUUCUCUCCAACACCAGUGACACCAACUUAACCGAUCAAUCUACAAAAUCAAAUGAGUCAGCCAAGAAGACCUGUUGGUUGCGUCGGCUGUUUAAAUGUUGCAAGAAAAGAACACGAGUUUCUCCAUGUGCUGCUGCCCCCGAACACCAGAAGACUUUUCAGAGGAGCUACAGAAAAACACCAGAAGAGACAAACGAGGAGAUAAAGCAGAGCUCCCUUCCUUGUCAGGACAUAGACGUGCAGUCUGUCACAGAGCUGGAAAUAUUGGAUGAGAACUUGUUGUCGGCGAAGUUUCCCGAACCGGAAGUCAUAGAAGUGCUGCCUGAGGAACAAUUUAACAGCAGCCGUCCUGAAACACCAAAAGAAACCAUUAAGCAGCAGAAGUUGAGCUCGUUGUCAUCAAAAGACCAGGUGGAGCCGUUCAUCGCCCAGCAGGGAGAUUCCUGCUCAGUCAAUGGCCAGCCAAGAAAACACAAGAACCAGUUGCUGCUGCCAGAGAUACAUGACGACUGCUUCCUGGCAGAGCAAGCCAUUAUCGAGGCUCUGAUCCAAGAAGAGGUCAAAGAAAGAGUUAAAAACAACCCAAAAAGUGUUGUCCAUUUCAGUGAUGGUGAUAAGAGAAGCAGCUUUGGGUUUCCAAACAUUGGGAUGAGCUGCUAUAUGAAUUCCAGCCUGCAGAGUCUCCUGACACUUGAGAACUUCGUCAGGGACAUCAGCCGACAGGAGGAAGUUUGGAAUUCAGUCCCUGAGGCUCGACUAUUAAGAAGCUUCAUGGCAAUCAGAGAUGCCCGCGCCUCCACUGACAGCAAAAGACGCCUCAUGUGCUCUUUUAAGGAGGUAGUCUCAGUCCAGGCACCUGAGUUUAGAGACGGUCAGCAAAAAGAUGCUCAUGAAUUCUUGACCACGGUCCUGGACCAGAUGAGGAGUCUGUCCCCUGUGCUGCAGGACAUUGCAGCCUUCAACAAUAGAAGAUACACCUGCCCUGUAGAAAAUCACCUGGUGUUCAAGCUGGAAAACACCAGGACAUGCAAGAGGUGCGGGGUCGAGUCAAAAAGACAGGAGGUGUUCACUAACCUUUCCCUGGAUCUGGUUCCUGGAGGAACUGUGGACGACAUGCUCCAGGAGUACCUGAAGGAGAUGGAGCUUGAGUACAGAUGUGAAUGUGGAGGGAAAAUAUCUGGACAGAGGUUGGCCUUUGAGACCCUGCCAAGAGUGCUCAUCUUGCACCUGAAGCGCUUCCGCUUCACCUCAAACUACCAGAUGGUGAAGGUGCAUGACCCCGUCAUGCUGGACAGGGACCUGGUGGUGUCCUCCAAACUGGGUGGUGGCUGCUACAGUCUGGUCAGUUCAGUCAGCCAUCUCGGCACCAGUGGAACAUCAGGACACUACAUCUGUGAUGGCAUCCACCCAGACGACUGUCCGGAUGAGCCAGCUGACCACUGGCUGACUUACAAUGACUCAGAGGUCACUGAAACAACAGGCGCAGCCGUGUGUGAGCAGCGUCGGAAAUCUGCCUACAUCCUUAUCUACGAGAGACAGGUGUAGGACAAGGGGAAGGACAGGGAAGGGGACGCUCCAGGAGAGAAGGUAAGUCUGACAUUUUUUCUGUAGGUGGUGGUCAUCAGUCCCUUUCUCGUGAGGGCUGUGGGACCUCCAGCCAGCUGUUCCUGGCCACAGGGCGUCCAUGGACAGAAAGAAAGACUGGACACAGAAGAAGGAUGGACGCAG